ACUAGCUCACAGGUAGACAGUGCUGAACUGAAGUCAGUGUUCAGGGUCUGCUGAGGGAUGACAAAACAGGAUUCAUUCUCCUAUUAUUGUGGCUGAUAUUUAAAUAUUGUAAAAGGACAUAUUUUUAAGUCUUUAUCUUCUAACUUUGCUGGCUGAUAAACAUGCUGAAGGUGCUGGAUGUUAUUCACCGGAAAAUAACCCUCAACUAUGACUAAACAGGGUGAUCCCUAAGCAAAAAGAGUCUGAACCUGCUGAGGUUUGGCUGCUCGGUUAAGUUUCUCCUGAACAAGAAAAGCUCCAUCUUGCCAGUGAACUGAGCCACACACUACUUCAGACCAGUGUAACCAGUGGGCCUUCAACCUGCCUCAUUUAUGCCAGGAGCAAACCCACUGAUUCAAGCUCCUCAAGCUCCAAAACUCACUCCAAAGUCUGCAGUCUGCGUCAUAUGUGCACAGCUUGGUUGAUAAACAUCUUCACAUGCAUCAGCACGCUCACCAGCAUGCCUUCACACCCAUCCUGCACCAAUCCAUGACCAUCCAACCUGCUCCAAUGGGAACUCAGGACAGUAGCUUCAUCACACACCCUCCCAGAGCAACGAGGCCCUCUGCCUUUCACAGCGCAACACAGAAGCCCUACAGAUCAACGAAACGAAGGAGAUGGGGCACAGCCCAUGUCACCAUUGCAUGGAAGAUUUAUUACCACGAACAACUCAAGAAAAUGCAGCAAAAAACCAACAGUCUCCAUCGAGAACUGACACCUGAGUAUCCGGCCACCAGUCUACCUGACACAGAACAACAUAAGGAAUCAGACCAGCCCUCCAGCACCCACCCAAAUAUAGACUCUCAAUGUGGACACUCGGCAUAUACUGCAGUCAGGAGUGAAACAGAAAAAACAGCAGAAAACAUAAGCCGCUUGGACAGACGUCAUCCCCCUGACCUUUCCACAUCUUCACCAGUGGCUUUCCACAGCCGUACAGCCAAAAGGGAGAAACUGGAACGGCGCCCGAACCUGCACUGGAAAGAGAAACUUGAUGAAAAGAAGAAACCGGGCAGGCAACAAGUUGAAACAACAAAGGAUUUACCUCUAAAAGACAAAUCUCGGGAUCGAACGGCGACUCUUGAACUUGACGGCAGACACAGCGGCUCCCUUGACAGGAAAAGGCAGCCAGAGAGUGACAGCUCCGUUAAAGUGAAGAGGGCGAAGCAGGAAAUUGUAGAGGACCAGUUUGAUUCUUCGAAGACUUUGCACACUGAUCCAUCGCCAUUCAGUACAACUCACGCACUUCCAUCUUUACACACCAUGCCAGCGCAACACAUACACAUAAGUGAUUCAUCCGUCCUGUAUCCUAACAGCAGUAGAUGUAAUGUUACCAAAACACCCCAGAGACUCAUCUCUUAUCCAGGAGAUGAAAUGCAUCCCUACCAAACCGCUUCAUGGGAGCCAGUGUGGGAUGCUCACAAGAGAAUGGAUCUCCACUCUAGACAAUACACCCUAACAGACUAUUCUUUGAAUACCUGCAAAGCGGUCAGGAUACCUCAUGUAGCAAAGAGGCAAAAAGAGGCUUUUCAAGGUUUCUUUACACCACCUCUUUAUUUCCCUUGUGCUUUGAGACAGCAGAAGGUAAUUUACCUUAGAGGGAGGGAGUUUCUACACUCACCCCACGAGAACUAUCACCUCCACCAUCCUGGCUAUCUGGCAACAUCCUACCUGGGGCCCUGAGUCUCCAGUAGGGAUGCAACGAUUAUCGAUUUUGCUCUAAUCUUCUUCUCAGGGUAUGGAAUGGAGCACAAAGAAUGACACGUGACUGACAUUGAUUUGCUCAAAAAAUAGCAAUUUGCUGACCAAGUUUGUCAAAACUGUUUGAGGUAAUAGCAAAAGAUUAAUUACGCAGCCCAUUUCCCCCCUUCAGAAAGAAAAUUGUGGUGUUUUUAUUUGAAUAUGUUUUUUAUAAUUGAUGAUAUGUAUGUUUACAAUGGACUCAUGACUUUUUGGGAUCAUUUAUUGUGUUAUGGACUGAAGCUUUUUGCCCAUUGUCUUAAGGACUUUGGAGAGCACAGAUGACGAGAGAUAUUUCUCCUCCAUGAGAAAUUAAUGGACAAAUCAAGGACAAACUAUCAAAUUUUUUCUUCUUCCUUGUUUUCACACCUAGACAUUGCCCAGAAAUGAAAACACCAAUAUGACUUUUUGUAAGGAAGUGUGUCGGCUUGUCACAGCCGUUUUAUUCACAGGUGAAAGCAGCCUCCAGAUUCCUGCUGAUGGAGACUGUCAUACAGCCAGAUGACUUUAGCUGUUCAAGGAAAUCCAGGUCCAGGUGGACAGAUUCAUAGUGCCUACAGGAACCCAGUUCGUCUGACCAGACGCUGACGGAGAGCAUGGAGCAUCACUGCUGCUGAAUUCCUGCGGUGGUUUCCUGACAGAGCAUGGAGACUGGAGUCCCUGCUGAAGCACCGGGAAAGCUAAGGAUGGCUUUUUCCUACAGUCUGGAGCAGGCAGCACACACAGCCGGUCCACCUUCAUGUUUCAGAAACAGGAGGGAUAAGGAGGGAGAGGCCAGUGAUGACAUCCACAGGUGUCAGACAUGGUUUACCAAUGCCAACAAGGGGAGCGAGGAGAAUUGGGUCAGCAGUAAAUCCACAAGGAGACCCUGGGCUCCCCUCUGAUCUGUCACCUUCCAGUCAACUGGUAAAGGGCCAGAAUGUUCAGCCAAAUCUUCGGACAGAAAGGAUGAGGGCAUUUUUUACAGCAACUGCAGCCAAGCUAGGCGCACAAAUGUGACGUCAAGAGUGCGCCAUAGGCUGCUAAGGUUUUUGGUGACGUUGCCGCCUGAUGCUGGGUGCAUGAGAAUGAACCAGCAGCAAUCUGAGAUUUUGUCCCCAGAGACUUUCUUUCCAUUGGACAAAAUUGAACAUGAAACUUUCAAAAAUCUGGACUUCAGAUUCCCCAUACUGCAGCUUUUGCAACAAUGGACAUUGCUGUCAGCUGCUCUCUGUGCUUUCACAUAGCUUACACCAUUAACCCAUAUUUGCUAUUGAAUAGAUUCAACCCAUCUGAUUGCAUUACAGAUUUGAAGACUAGUUAUUACUUGUGCAGUAUUUGAAGUGCAGUGUGGAAAGUUGAAUUUGGUUUUGAUUUCGAAGAGGUUUUCCCUUCCAUUGUCUUUACCUGGUCAACAGCUUUAAUAUCUUCUGAUUUAAUUACGUGUAUCUGUUUUUGCUUCAAUAGAAUCCUAGACACAAAUCACUGAAAGUAAAACCAGCUAACAUAUUUUGUUAAGAGAAAUAACCUCCUUGAUGAGGAGUCAGAUGAUGAGGUCAGAGGACAUGAAUUUCUUAUAUAGAUUACGAUUUAGUUCUUACAACUUUGCUAAUGUCUACUUUUUUGUUCACACCGUUUUAAGGUGUGAAGGGGUGGACUGUUAGGUUGUAAAAAGUUAAAACCAUGCUUAUAUUUUGAAAACAUUGUUUAAUGGGGCCUGCAGCUAAAUCUAAUCAAGUAACUACACUAAUCAGCAUUUGUCUGGCUCACACCUUCUCUAGCUUCUAGAGAAUCAGAAGAGGUCAUAUCAAUCCUUUAGCAUACAGGAGAAAGCUCCUUGUCUCCACACAUGGAGAUCUAUUGUAUCUGUUUUGGGGGAGCCACCCUCUGUUGGGCCAGACUUGUUUAGAACAAAGAAAAUGUGUAUCUCUGUAAACUUGAAUAUAAUCAGCACUACCAAGAUAAAUGACCUUUGUCUGUGACCUGUAGUAAACUUGAAAGUCAGAGGUGUGUCCUUAACCUGAGAGAGAGGAAUAAAUGUGGGAUCAGGAGAAAGAUUCGGGGCUUCAAUCUGUGACCCCGCAGGGGGAAGCAUUUGAAGACCGCUGUUUACAGUGUAUUGUUUUGUCAUGUCGCAUGGCUGCUAACUGUGUCCCCACAAGGGGAAGCAUGUC